UCCUCCGACUCCGUCAUCUCCUCGGGCAGCGACUCCGACAGCAGCCUCUACAAGGUGAUCCUGCUGGGCGAGCACGGCGUGGGCAAGACCAGCCUGGCGCGCAUCUUCGGCGGCGUGGAGGAUGGAGCGGACGCGGACGAGGCCGGAAAUACAUACGACAGAUCAAUUAUUGUCGAUGGAGAAGAAGCGUCUCUCGUGGUGUUUGAUAUAUGGGAGCAGGAUGACAGCCAAUGGCUCCAGAACCACUGUAUGAAAAUGGGAGAUGCCUAUAUUAUUGUGUAUUCAGUGACAGACAAAGUUAGUUUUGAAAAGGCCUCUGAGCUAAGAAUCCAGUUAAGAAGAGCAAGGCAAACAGAAGACAUUCCUAUUAUCCUUGUGGGCAAUAAAAGUGACCUGGUCAGGUCCCGGGAAGUCUCAGUUGAUGAGGGCCGGGCCUGUGCUGUGGUGUUUGACUGCAAAUUCAUCGAGACCUCAGCUGCUCUUCACCACAACGUCAAGGACCUGUUCGAGGGCAUCGUUCGGCAGAUCAGGCUCCGCAAGGACAGCAAGGAAGACAAUGCCAGGAGGAUGGCCAACACCAAGAGGAGGGAAAGCAUAGGCAAAAAGGCAAAGCGAUUCCUUGGGAGAAUUGUGGCAAAGAACAAUAAGAAGAUGGCUUUCAAGGCAAAAUCAAAGUCCUGCCAUGACUUAUCAGUGCUAUAGGAGCUCUCAGCAAGGCCAGAUGGUGCACGUGAUGAACAGGCCUUGGACUGUUAUGAGAAGUGUGUAGAUGAUCCUCGUGGUGAUAACAAGAAUGACUUAUCCAUUGAGACUCAUUAAUGCCUUAAGGUGCUCAAGCAAGUCUGGAAGUUACACCACAAUGCUUCAUUGAUAAAUGGUUUAAGUUUCAAUGUGUGCAAGUAAAUGAACUAACUUGAAAUAUGUGGCUUGACAUGCCCACAAUUUCGCUGUGUACAUAUGUUCUAUAUCCUCUUGUCCUGUGGAUACCAGAGAUGAAAAGAUAAGAAAGAAUAAUAAGUAUCACCAUAGACUUGUCUCGUUUGCAGAGCAAAACUUAAACUUGUACGCAGGCUCGUACACUCUUUUUAGUAUAAUGCAAGCAAUGAUAAAUCUUUUUAAACUUCAGUGUGGGGAGGAGGGGGUAGAACCACAUCAGAAUGGGAGAAAACAAAUUAUAUAUAUAUUUAAAUACAGAACAGAUAUCAUUUUAUGAAGUUAAUUUGCACUUCCAUUAACUGUUAUUCAAUGAAUUGGUUACUUGUUUACAUGCAGAUUUUAUAAUAAAGUAUUAUUUCCUGUUAUAA